AUGCAGACCCAGCAAACAGGCCAAAUUCCACCUAGCUCCCAGCCACUGCAAGGGAAAAGCCAAGUGGUUCAGCCUGCACAACGAAGAAGACCAAGAAGAGCACCUCAGCCUCCAGAGGAAGCUCACCUGGUGGCUACACUGCAGGCAACGUCGGUGAAGGAGAGAAACCGUUUUGGGGGCAUUUUUCGAGACCAUGUGGUGGAUACCCGACAGUACUUGGACCAUGUGAGAGAGUCCACGGCAGGCAUGCAGGGUAGACCCGUAAAGCUAUUCACAAACCAUUUCCGAGUGACAUCUCGCCCCCAGCAGGUCACAUAUAAGUACAACAUUGACUACAUGCCGGACAUUGAGGAUGGAAAAGUUCGUACAGAACUGCUUUUGCAGCAUAAAGCAUUAAUUGGAAAGUGUCAUAUAUUUGAUGGAAGCUCUUUAUUAUUACCUCACAAACUACUAUCACCAAAAAUGGAACUGGUCAGCCUGUUGAAAAAACAGGUUGUGAAGGUGACCAUUGAAUUCACGAGUGAACUCAUGCCCACCUCGCCAGACUGUUUACGCUAUUACAACAUUCUCUUUAGAAGAAUUUUGAAGAUGAUGGAACUGGAGCAAGUUGGUCGCAACUAUUAUAACAAGCGUGAGGCCACUGAGUUCAGCGAUCAUAACCUGGUAAUCUGGCCUGGAUAUGUUACUUCUAUUCUUGAGUAUGAAACCAGCAUUACCCUCUGUGCUGAUGUGAACCAUAAACUGGUUCGAAUGCAAACGGCUUAUGAUUUAAUAUCGGCUCUUCGUGAUGGCUUCCCCGCAAAGCAAGAUCUUCGGGAGCAAGUUUCUAAACAAUUAGUUGGAUCAAUUGUUUCUACAAUAUUUAACAACAAAACCUAUAGGGUGGAUGAUAUUGAUUGGGAGGAGACUCCCAGAACUACAUUUAAAACAUCAGAUGGGGCUGAAAUCACCUUCGUAGAGUACUACAAGACGCGAUAUGAUCAAGCGGUCACUGAGCUGAAUCAGCCACUCUUGAUCAGCAAAGGCAAAUGGAAAAAGAGCCAGCAGGACACACCCCGUAAGCCUGUACUCCUGGUUCCUCAACUGUGCAACCUGACAGGUCUAACAGAUGAUCUGCGCAAAAAUUAUAGGGUGAUGAGAGACCUGGCUCUUCAUAUGAGGUUGGAUCCAGAAAAAAGGCAGCAUGAAUUACAAAAAUUUAUGAACGCUAUACAGACAAAUAAGGAGGUACAACAGGAACUUCAACUCUGGGAUCUGAAAUUUGAUGCCAGCUUCUUGUCCUUCUCAGGAAGAAUCUUGAAAGAAUGCUCCACCUACAGUUUCCUUGACGUGGCGUCCAGUUCUCCUAGCACUGUGGUGGCGUCCUGGACAGUCUCACUUUUGCUUUCUUUCAAGGUCGUUUGUGUGCUGUCCAGUGAAAAGAAAGAUCUGUAUGAUAGCAUAAAACAAUACCUGUGUGUCAGUUGCCCGAUCCCAAGCCAGUGUGUCAUCGCACGGACCUUAGACAAACCCCAGACGCUGAUGACCAUUGCGACAAAGCUUGCCCAGCAGAUGAACUGCAAGAUGGGAGGUGCCCUCUGGAAGGUGGACACAGGAUUACAGAAUGCGAUGUUCAUCGGUAUCGACUGUUUCCACGAUAUUGUACAUCGGCGGAAGUCGAUUGCAGGCUUUGUGUCCAGCAUCAAUCAAGAAUUGACACAGUGGUUCUCUCAGUGCCUCUUCCAGGAAUCGGGGCAGGAGCUUGUGAAUGGGCUGAAAGCCUGCUUGGAAGCCGCCCUGAAGCUCUGGUGUAAACAUAACCUGUUUCUGCCACAGGCUAUCAUUGUGUACCGGGACGGAGUGGGGGACGGUCAGCUUCAAGCGUUGCUGGACCAUGAAGUACCACAGAUCGAGUCCUCCUUAAAAUCUGUGUACCCUGAAGACUCUGGGGUCAAACUAACUUUCAUCGUGGUGAAGAAACGAAUAAACACCAGAUUUUUUGUGGAGUCUGAAGGAAGACUGCGAAACCCACUUCCAGGAACAGUUAUUGAUGUGGAGGUGACCAAGAGGCAAUGGUAUGAUUUCUUUAUCGUGAGUCAGUCCGUGAAAGAUGGUACUGUCACUCCCACUCAUUAUAAUGUCAUCCACGACACGGUUCGCUUCACUCCAGAUAGGAUCCAGUGUCUCACCUACAGACUAUGCCACAUGUAUUAUAAUCUGCCAGGUGUCAUUCGAGUUCCUGCUCCUUGUCACUAUGCCCACAAACUGGCUUACCUUGUGGGCCAGAGUAUUCACCAGGAACCACACCAUUCCCUGGCAAACCGUCUCUUCUACCUGUGA